AUGGGCGACCCCCGAGUUGAAGAAGCCAUAGCUUCCGGCCGUUUGCCGCCGCGAGUCACCCGCGAGGAACUUGAAAUGAGCCAAGACGUGGCGGGCAUCGUCAGCAUCUCUGUCGUCACAGCCCUGGCCACCUUGGUCGUCAUCUGCAGACUGCUCUCGCGGAGGUUCAUCAUCAAGCGCUUCGGCUUCGGCCUAGACGACGGAAUAGCGCUGGCGUCGCUGGUCGUCUUUAUUCCCUUUGCGGCCCUUUGUAUAGAACUCAUCAACCUGGGCACCGGAAGAAGCAUCGCCUUUGUCCGUUUCGCCAUCGACGACGCCACGUGGGUGAGACAGCAGAUUUUCGACUCGAUUGCGCACUUGGUCUACGCCACUGCCCUCGUCCUCUGCCGCAUAUCGGGCCUCGCCUUCUACUACCGUAUCUGCGCGCUGCACAAGGGGUUUCUCGUCGCCAUCCGGAUAAUAUUCGCCGUCUUGGUUAUCGGUUACCUGGCGCAGAUCUGCCUCAUCAUUUUCCACUGCAAGCCCGUCAACAUGCUUUGGGCGCCCACCUCAUUCGAGGACGAGACCAGGUUCGAAUGCUUGGAGUGGGAUGAGAUAUACGGCGCUAUCUCAGGCAUCUCACUGGCCUGCGACCUGCUGCUCUUUGGCCUCCCCGUGGCCAUGCUCAAGAUCUUGGAGAUGCCGCGGAAGCAAAAGGUUCAACUGGCCUGCAUCCUCUUGCCAGGCAUUGCCGUCGUUGGCAUCUCCGUCAGUCGAAUUGUCUUCGUGAUUGGCUUUGCCUACCAAACUCCCGAUACUUUUGAUUUUGCCUUUCUAAGGUUGCUCGUCGUCGAAGUCUCCGAGAUCGGCGCGACGCUCAUUGCCCUGUCGAUCCCGGGCGUCAAGCCCAUGGUGGACAAGUUUAUCCUCCGAAAGGACAUUUGCUCCAAGUUUGGUGGAUCCAGGACGGUCAGGACCUGCUCCAACAGGGGCAGCAUCGGGUCCCAGAGCUCAAGCCUGAGCGUCUUGAAGGGCCGCUCGCAUUCCAGCGUCUUCGACGACGACAGCACCGCGCAACACGGAGCGGCCGUGUGCCGGGGCGAGCUGAACGAAGACGUCAAGCAGGAGGGCAUUCAAGUGACGGUGGACAUCUAUGUCGAAGGCGCACAAAGCUAG